UCCUUAUCAAUUUAACAACUGGUUUAAAACAAGGAGUGUAAAGUUUAAUAAGAUUAUUUUGGCAAUUCACAUAAUGACGAGUCUGACAUCCCUCGGCAUACUAUUGUGUUUUGUAUCAAGCUGUUAUGGUAUUAAGUGUUUUGAGUGCCAGAAUUUACCAGACCCACGUGAUUGUUCGAAACUAAUGGUUUGCAAUUCGGAUGAGAUUUGUUUCACGGAUCAAGUUGUAUUAGCAAGCGGAAACGUAUCUUUUAACUCCGGUUGUCUGCCAAAAUCACAAUGUGUUUCCAUUUCAACUGCUCUCAUUGGUAAAAGGUCAGCAAAAAUUGUGAAUACACGCUCAACAGAUAGCUUAAUGUGUAGAGAAUGCUGUGUCGGUGAUUUCUGCAACAUGAAGGGAUGCGGAACACACGAAAUUCCCAUAAAACAACGCGGUCCUUACUGCUACACCUGUGAUAUACAAAACCCCAAAGAUUGUACCAAUGUUACUGUCUGUGGCAAAAAUGAACUGUGCAUGUUAUAUCAUUCACUUGAAUCGAGUGGCCGUCCUGACGCUAUGCACAGAGGUCAAUGUGAAAGUCAAGCGGAAUGUAAUGCAAUAACACAAGCGUUUGGUACUCAAAACUGUAAUCCCAUAUGUUGCAAUACAGACUUUUGUAACGAUCGUUGUGGAACCCUUUCAAAUAUCACCAUGUCAACAUCACAUCCACACACCUCUGAUGAUAAAACUACGAUGUCAGAUAGACAUUCCACUCUCCAACAACAUAUGGGGCAAACAACAGAAUUACCAGACACCUUGACAACUAAGUCUCUGAAAGAUCACACGACAGAAGGAAACAAACAGACAGCUACAACGAAGCCAAACUUGCAUACCGUUACUACGGCUAUGACAACUCUAUCGUCUACGAAAUCGUACUGCAACAAAGGAAAUUACGUGUAUUUACAAAAUGCACAUGCGCAGCUUUGUAUCCAUGUUGUAAAUAGGCACAAGCCAGUAUCCUGGGAUGACGCUCGAGCAUCGUGCAAAGCAAAGGGAGAAGAUCUUGCUGUUUUAGAUACUCACGAAAAGGCUUUAUUAGUAAGAGGCUUGCUACGAAGUCAUUCUCAAUAUAAUCAAACUUUCUACUGGAUAGGAGCAAAAGACUUCAAUAACAAUAACCAUUUCACCUGGACAGAUGGUCAAACAUUAGUCGACAAAGAAGCUGAUUGGGAUAGGGGCAAGCCGGAUCAUGUAGUGAACGGCAAUGACCAAGACUGCGUCAGCAUAUAUAAUAAUUUUACCCACAAUAGGUAUUUUAAAUGGCAUGACUUGAAUUGCGAAAACCGAGGACAUUUUAUUUGUGAACGGAAAUAAACAUAGACUGUAUUGUUUUCUACAUUCGGAAAGCCUGAUGUUAAAAUUUUUCUUCUAUAUUAACGGAAGACUACAUACAAUCUAUCAUUUGAAUCAAGGACAUCGAAGUGCUUGUUUGUGUGAAUAAUCAAGAUAAAUGCACACAAGUUUAUUAAUCAAUGACAUUUCCUUUACCAACUGUAAGGAUGCCUUCAUUUUUGACAUAUUAAUAAAAAGAAAUGUCA